AUGACGAUCUUUGGUAGUGUCUCGGAAGGCAUCAAUCGCGUCUGGAAAUAUGUGAGUCCGCAAAAGACGCAGCAACGGCGCGAGAAGCCCUACGGAGUCAAAGUCCCUGAACUUCCCGCCCAUACAAGAAACCUGCCCAAACGCAAGACUGCUACACCAAAGACAAUUGAAGAGCGACACCAGUCACAGAUCGAGCAAUGGGCGCCCAGAUCACCGAGUAUCGGAAGCGAUGUCGAUGCGACUUUGCUUCCGCCUUCGCCGCCAACCUCUGCGCUUCACUUCCACAACGAAUAUGAGGGCGAUACAUUACUCUCUGGAUCAUUUGGCUCGCCAAAUGGAGUCAAGGACGGUUCUUCAGAGAACGAGUGGAACGCUAACGAAGACACCAUGGUAGUCGAUGAUGGAGCUUACAUGGACUACUCAAAAAAUAUCGAUCUGGGCGAAGAGCGAGACCGGCGCGCCAAGCAGGCUCGCGAGCUGAGAGAGGCGGGCUGGACGGAAGAUGCAGUCUUCUUGUUUCAGAAACUUGGAAUGCGUGGCUUCGAGCCGAUCUUACCCAUGGACUGGAUCAAUGAUUUCGAAACCUUGCCUCAAGUCCUCUUCACCGCCAACAUCGACAAGGCCUUUAUUAGACCUGCGCAGGGAUCAGAUUAUCAUGCUCAACGUGCGCUAAGCAGCCUCUUUGAUCUCGGCGGACGCGUGCGUGAUGCAUGGCUCACUCGAGCGCGCUUUCGUACACCAGCCUACCAUAUUGGCCGCGCGGUUGAAAAGUUCGCUCGUUGGGCAAUGAAAGAUGGUAGUGUGGACCACAUCUGGCCCGAACUUCCACUUUUCGAGACGGUCACAUUUGGCCUGGAGGUAGAUUCAGCCGUAGGAGAACGCGAGAUGCUCCGCAAGCUAGGCCAGCUCCACGAAGAGUGGUCCUGCGCUCUGCACACUGAGACUGCUGGUAGCCGCUUGUCACCUACUGGUCCUGAAGUCCCUACCUUGUACGCAAUCACAGCGUCCCACACUGUUAUGGCGUUUUCCAGCUACGCCCCGCCAUCAGAGGAGAAUGAGACGGCCCAGUUGCGCCUGAUCGCAUUGUUUGACUUUGGCAAGCAAGGCUUCGACGUCUGGAAUUCACUGGCGAUUGCGAUAUUUGUUAUUCAUUGCCGAAACCGCAUGAUGCAACUUCAAGAAUGCCUGCCCCAGCCCGACUUCCCUGCCGAGGAGGAUCCUGAUCUUUAA